AUGUCGAUCAAACGCGCCCUUUCCAAAGCAAUUAAAGGGCAUAUGGGAGGCGAGGAUGACUCCUCGGGCUCCAACAUUCGGACAGCUCUAUCCGCUAAAACCCGGACCUCAACCUCGCGGUCCGCGUCCCCCACUGCGUCCCCUCGGCGCAGCAUUCUAGGGAACUUCCUCCGCGAUAAGAAUGACUACGUAUCCUCCUCCGACGAUGUCUCUGAUGACUCUUCUACUGGUGCCUUGAGCAAGAACCAGCAGAAGCGGCUGGUGCGCCAACACAGGCGGAGCGAGCGCAGCCGGCUCAGCGAGGAGAUGUUCUCCGAGACCGACCACCGUCGCAAGGAAGAGGAGAUCACCAAAGCAGCGGCUGAGGAAACUGCAGAGAUGAAGGCCCGGUAUGGUCAGCUGCCUUUGAUGCAAUCGUCAGUGCGACCCCGGGAACUGCGGACUCGGAUUGACGACAUCACCCCUUCCAUGGAGGGACAGGAGGUGACCUUCACGGCACGACUCCAUGUAAUUCGCCGAAUGAGUGCCAAGCUCGUCUUCUUAGUCUUCCGUCAGCAACUGGGUACUUUCCAAGGUGUGCUGCACGAGAAACCGGGCGUCGCCUCCAUUGCGAUGAUACAGUGGGUCGAGCACCUCCGAGUGGGGUCGUUCGUGAAGGUCCGCGGUACCUUGCAGAAGCCCGAGGUCCCCGUUCUGGGCUGCACCAUCCAUGAUGUGGAAUUGGCAAUUGACUCCGUUCACCUUCAAGUUCACCGCGAGGAGCCUGUGCCCUUCAGUGUGUACGAAGCUGAGAUUCGGACCAAUGAGGAAGAGAAGGCCGAAGGUCGUCGCAACCAUAUUCCUGACCGGACUCGUUUGGCCAACCGAAUCCUCGAUCUGCGCACGGCGACCUCGCAAUCUAUCUUCCGUAUCCAGUCUGCCACCUGCAAUCUCUUCCGUGGCGCCCUCGAUGAUCGCGAAUUCAUCGAGAUUCACACCCCCAAGCUGCAAGGUGCCGCCACCGAGUCGGGAUCCAGUGUGUUCCAGGUCAACUACUUCGGUCGCCCUGCGUUCCUGGCCCAGUCUCCACAACUGGCCAAGCAGAUGGCCAUUGCUGCUGAUUUCAACCGCGUGUACGAAAUCGGUGCUGUCUUCCGUGCCGAAAACUCCAACACCCACCGCCACCUUACUGAGUACACUGGAUUGGAUCUUGAGAUGGCCAUCGAGGAGCACUACCAUGAGAUGCUCGAAACCCUUGAUGCAGUGAUCAAGAACAUCCUGCAGGGUAUCUACACCAAGCGCCGCCGUGAGGUCGAACUUGUCAAGCACCAGUUCCCCUCGGAGGAUCUUGUCUGGUUGGAGACCACCCCCAUCAUCCGCUUCACGGAUGGUAUUAAGAUGCUGAAUGAGUCUGGCUGGCUGAAUGAAGAGGGUGAACAACUCCCUCUCGACGAAGACUUGGGUACUCGGGAUGAGAUUCGUCUUGGCGAGCUUGUCAAGGAGAAAUUCGGCACCGAUUACUACGUUCUGGACAAGUUCCCUCGCAGCGCACGUCCGUUCUACACCAUGCCUGACGCCGAGGAUGACAAAUUCACCAACUCGUUCGAUAUGUUCAUUCGCGGUCAAGAAAUUGUAUCUGGUGGCCAGCGUAUCCACGACCCUCACAUGCUUGAGGAAAACAUGCGCCGCGUGGGUAUCAACCCUGAUGAUAUGGAAGAAUAUCUUGAAGGCUUCCGCUGGGGUGCCCCGCCUCAUGCCGGUGCAGGUGUCGGUCUUGAGCGUAUCGUGAUGCUUAUUCUCCAGCUGGGCAACAUUCGAUUGACCUCGCUCUUCCAUCGCGACCCCAAGAGUCUGCCUGCGAAGCCAGUCACGGAGAAGCUCCGCCACCCCGAGUCUUCUACCCUCGAGCCCGUAUGGCUACAUGAGCGCAAGGCCAGGCUCGCCGCAGACGUCAGUGAGCUGCAGCCACUGGAGCACCUUGUAGCCAACUAUGGCGAUGCUACAUCGACCUCCUGGUUCGAUGAACGUUUCAAGAUCUGGCGUGACAUGGCAACUGGUGCCGCUGUAGCCUACGUCCCCAGCUCCAACAACUACGCUAUCAUCCCCGGUGACCCCGCCUGUGACCCCAAGCAAUUCACCCGCACCAUCACACAAUUCCUUCAAUGGCUUCGCCGCGAAACCAAGCUCAAGCCCGUGUGGAUUCUUUGCUCGCCUGCCGUUGAAACCAUCCUGGGUGAGCGCCUCGGCUGGCGCAGCUUGUCUUGCAUCGCCGAAGAGCGCGUCGACCCUUCGCGCAACCAAGCCGCCUCCGACGGAGAAAUUGCACGCAAGCUCCGCCGUGCCGAAAACGAGGGCAUCAAGCUGGUCUCGAUGAACCAGGGCGAGAUGGUUCCAGCGGACAUCCGCGAGAAGAUCGACACCCGCAUCAGCGAUUGGCUUUCCAACCGUAAGGGUACCCAAGUCCACCUGUCUCAGAUUCGCCCAUGGUGCGACUCCGAGCACCGCUGGUACUUCUAUGCUCUCGACAAGGAAGGUACUGUCUGCGCAUUUGUGGCCUUGGCUCAACUCUCCCCUGCCCACGGCAUGCAAGUCAAGUACAGUCUUGACUUCCCUGGCGCCCCCAACGGCGUCAUCGAGUACAUUGUCACCCAUGCCAUCCAGACAGCCGCCAAGAGCGGCGUCAGCGGCCUCACUUUCGGCGCUGGUGCCACCUCCCAGCUCAUCCCCGGCCACAACAUGCACGGCACCAAGGUCAAGAUGCUGGAGCACACCUACGAGGCCCUCGCGAAGCAGUUCCACCUUGUUCGGAAGAGUGAGUUCCGCGCCAAGCUCGGUGCCACCGAGGACCCGCUGUACAUCUCGUACCCCUCGCACGGCCUUGGGUCGAAGGGUAUUCGUGCGAUCUUGAAUUUCUUCGAAGAUUAA